GCACAGCAAGCCCCGACUUCGCCAUGAUUGGCAUUACAUCCUUUACCGGUCUCGUUACCAUUUUUGGCCUGGCAAAUGCACAAUCGACCAUUCCCUCAUCUAGCCUGUGCCCUGCCGCCAAUGGCCGCACUAUCUAUGACAGUAACGGAGCCGGAUAUCUGGUGACAUGCUCUGCGGAUAAUGACCGAGGCUCUUACACCAAUACGCAAGCUUCGAACAGUUAUCUGGAUUGUAUGACCGCAUGUGAUGCUGACAGUCUUUGUGCUGGCUUUACCUACGUUGUGGAAAUGGAGGGAGCUCCGGAGGGUCAUUCAGAGAUGACAACAUAUCCUUCGAGGGCUUCCAACAUCAUCUCCGCUCUCAGGGUCUCUAAUGCUACCAACCAGCCUGAUGUAUCGAGCCCUACAACUGUUCUGAGUAGCAUCGUUUCUAGCUUUCUCAGUUCUUCCUCUACGUCUGCUACUCCAUCAGCUUCAUCGGUGGCAUCCGCUGAGCUCUGUCCGUCAUACAACUUCACAGCUUACGCGGACAAUGAGGAUAAUAACUGGCAGGUCUUGUGCGGUUUCGAUGCUUCUCCGUCGUCUUUCAACGUGGUUGAUGUGUCUAGUUUCGCAGACUGCCUGGAAGCAUGCAACGCCGAGGACGGAUGUGUUGCCGUGUCGUACUUUGGCACCGCCUGUUACUUCAAGAAUGGUUAUGAAGAAUUGGUUCCUUCGAAGAACAUCAACAGCGCAUUCAUCAUAAAUCAAGCCAACUACCCAGUGCCCUCCAGAAGCGAGGUAUAUGCUGGAUGUGGUUGUGGAUCGCUUUUGCCAGCUGGUCAAGUCCCAGGAGGACCCACUACUCAGUCUUUCAUCAACUCUGCUGGCCUUAAGCGUUCGUUCAGUGUUCAUGUACCAUCCUCGUACGACACUAACAGCGCAGCUCCCUUGGUCUUUGCUUUUCAUGGUCGCAGCGAGACGCCUGCGAAUAUCGAAGGAUACUCUGGCUUCUCCAACGAAGCUUUAAACCCGUAUGGCAUUGUCGCAAAUGAUUCGGGCUACCCAGAGUGGCAAAGUGAUCCAGAUACCGUUGAUCGAACUCCUUAUGUCGACGAUCAGACAUUCGUACAAGAUCUUCUCCUGUACAUGACAUCAAAUUACUGUAUCGACACUAGUCGCAUCCUUGCCAGUGGUUUCUCUAAUGGCGGAGGCCUUGUAGGAGUGCUGGCCUGCAAUCCUUCUCUAUCAAACCAGUUCAGUGCCUUUGCUAUUAACGCUGGUGCUCAAUACACUAAUGAUAGCAAUACUGCUGGCUGUCCUCGGUCUGGUGGUGUUCCCUCGACUAUUCUGACCAACACUCUGGUACAGCCUGUGUGUUCCNCCAGCAGAAGAAACGUCCCAAUCCUGGAGUUCCAUGAUGAUGCUGACGGCACGAUUUCAUAUAAUGGAGGACCCCGUCGUGGUUAUUGUCUUCCUACGGUUCCUCACUGGAUAUCUGACUGGUCGGUCCGAAAUGGCAUGUCUAAUGUCAGCGUUGUCACACCUCUGUCAAACGGCCAAGUCACCAAGUACGAGUAUGGAGCGGGUGACAACCAAGGCAUCGUCGCCCAUUAUAAGAUCGCUGGCUGGAAUCAUGCUUGGGCGAGUACAGCACUUGGCGCACCAAUAGAUUCCACUCCCAUCAUUUUGGAGUUUUUCUAUCGGUUCACAAACCCUAACGCGCUACGGUUCAUUCCUGCACCACCAAGUCCGCCAGCAGUAUCAAGCUCACCUCCGGUAACCGCGACUGGAUCACCUUCAGCUGCAAUCCCCACCGCUUUUGCAAACUCGUCGUUGCCAUUCAACACUGUAUCGAGUGAUGUGCCCUCACCACAGCACUUAUUUCGUUGCCUCUUAAUGCUUCCAUAUCAU